AUGUUGUACCCUCCUGUUCCUCUGCCAAAUGGCCAAAAUUUUACACCUACCCUGCAUAGCACUUCAUACCCCGCCAUUGACUCCGCGACAAAAUCCGACCACAGCAAACAUAUAGUUUUUAUAACAGGUACUUCGAAAGGUGUCGGCAGAGCCACAGCUAUAUCAUUCGCAAAAGCUGGUGCUGAAGGAAUUGCAAUUGGUGCACGAUCAGAUCUCUCUUCACUCGAGACAGAAAUCCAGGAGGCAGCAAAGGCAGCAGGAAAGACCUCUCCCAAAGUUUUGCCCAUUAAGCUUGACUUGCUUAAUCAUCAGAGUGUCAAAGAUGCAGUUCAAGAGGUUGAGAAAACCUUUGGACGAUUAGACAUUUUGAUCAAUAAUGCUGGAUACCUAGCGGCCAGUCAAUCGAUAAUUGAUUCUGAUCCUGAUGAUUGGUGGCAGACAUUCGAAGUUAAUAUACGUGGAGUUUACUGGAUGACUCGUGAAUUCCUCCCCUUAAUAUUUAAGGGCGGACUAAAGACAAUUGUCAAUGUAGCUAGUACUGGAGCCAAUUCAUUGCGACCCGGAGCUAGUGGAUAUCAAACCUCAAAAUUUGCAUUAUUGAGAUUCACCGAAUUUACGAUGACUGAGUAUGCAGAACAAGGAAUAUUGGCGUAUUGUGUACAUCCGGGUGCUGUUGAUACAGAGAUGGCAAAGAAAUUACCAGCAUAUCUUCAUAAAGUCCUGCGAGAUGCUCCGGAAGUUGCGGGUGAUUCCAUGUGCUUUUUAUCGCAAGAGAGGAGGGAAUGGUUAGCUGGCAGGUAUAUAAAUUGUACCUGGGAUAUUCCAGAGUUCCUGAGCAAAGAACAAGAAAUCGUGGAAAAUGACAAGUUGAAGGAGAGAAUGCUAUUUUAG